AUGCCCACCUUCCGCUCCAACGCCCUCAACCAGUCAGCCGUCGCACGCGCAGUGCGCCGCAGCCCGCUGCUCUUCGGCAUCCCCUUCGUCAGCCUCAUUGUAGGCACGUCCUUCGGCCUCCAGGCGUUCACCCAGACGCGCUACGAUCUGCACAGCCAGAAGGUCACCCAGCUCACGAAGGAGCAGGCGCUUGGGCUCGACAGGAACCGCAAGAAGUUCGACAUCCGCGAGGAGUAUUUCAAUCUGAGCGCGGCGGGCGAUGCCGAGUGGGAGCCCAAGCGCAUCCCGCGGCCCAAGGGCCUCCCGGAGUGGGGCGUUCCGCCAGAGGAGCAGCCGGACGCCCAGCGCUGA